GUAUCUUCGCCUCAUCUCAUACUAAUAACACUUAAAAUUUGAUUAUGUGAAGAUUUGGCACUUUGGUUCCCUCAUCUCAUGCCACUCUUCACUCCUCUAUAUGCUUUCAGUUCUCAAAUUUGUCCCCAUUUGUAAACUCAACCUCGUUUCCAGGGUUCUGCCAUUGCAGAGAUGGGUUCAUCAUGCCCCUGCAACUCCUCUACACUUCCACAAGAACAUCAAAGUUGACACUUCCACUUCCGGUUUCGAUUUCGAUUUCGACGUUCUAAUCCGAGUUUGCAGGGACAUCAACAUCGCUAAGCGGCUUCACACUCUUCUCGUUGUGUUGGGAAAAGCUCAAGAUGUUGUUUUGUCAACAAAGCUGGUUAAUUUGUAUGCUUCUCUUGGAGACAUCACAUUCUCUCGCUCCACUUUCAACCACCUUCAGAAAAAGAAUCUCUUUGCCUGGAACUCAAUGGUGGCUGCUUAUGUUCGCAGCUGCCGGCGCCACGAGGCAUUGAGCUGUUUCAAUGAAUUCUUGUUAGUAUCUGGUUUGAGGCCUGAUUUUUAUACCUUCCCGCCUGUGUUGAAAGCCUGUGUGAGUCUAAUUGAUGGCAAGAAGAUACAUUGCUACGUUGUGAAGUUGGGUUUUGAACGGGAUGUAUUUGUUGCUGCCUCAUUGAUCAAUUUGUAUUCGCGGUUUGGUGCUUUGGAUAUUGCAUACGAGGUGUUUGAUGAAAUGCCUGAUCGAGAUGUGGGUACUUGGAAUGCAAUGAUUUCUGCGUUUUGUCAGAAUGGAAAUGCUGCUGAGGCAUUGGACGUCUUGAAUAGGAUGAGAAGUGAGGGGCUGAAGAUGGAUCCCGUUACUGUAUCGAGCGUGCUUCCUGUUUGUGCGCAGUCGGGUGAUAUUUUUAGUGGGAUGUUGAUUCAUUUGUAUGUGAUAAAGCAUGGUUUGGACAUGGACGUGUUUGUAUCAAAUGCUUUGAUAAAUGUGUAUUCUAAGUUUGGGAGGCUUGGGGAUGCGCAGAAGGUUUUCGAUCACAUGAAAAUUAGGGAUCUGGUAUCUUGGAAUUCCAUAAUUGCUGCAUACGAGCAGAAUGAUGAUGCAGCUACUGCAUUCAGGUUGUUUAAAGAGAUGCAGUUUGUAGGAAUUCAGCCUGACUUGUUGACAAUUGUGAGUUUGGCUUCAAUCUUUGGUCAGUUAAGUGAUCGAAGGAUAAGCAGUUCAAUUCAUGGAUUCAUUAUUAGGCAUGAAUGGCUUGAAAAGGAUGUUGUGAUUGGAAAUGCACUUGUGAAUAUGUAUGCAAAAUUGGGUGCUAUGGAUUGUGCUCGAACGGUUUUUGAACAACUACCUGUUAAAGAUAUAAUUUCAUGGAACACUUUGAUCACAGGUUACACACAGAAUGGUCUUGCAAGUGAGGCAGUUGAUGCUUUCAACAUGAUGGAAGAGUGUACAAAGAUAAUCCCCAACCAAGGGACAUGGGUGAGCAUUCUCCCAGCAUAUUCACAUGUUGGAGCUUUGCAACAAGGAAUGAAAAUUCAUGGAAGGUUAAUUAAGAACUGUCUCUACAAGGAUAUCUUUGUGGCUACCAGCCUAAUUGACAUGUAUGGAAAAUGUGGGAGGUUAGUUGAUGGAAUAUCAUUAUUCAAUGAAAUUCCACGGGAAACUUCAGUUCCUUGGAAUGCUAUAAUAUCGUCUCUUGGGAUUCACGGAGAUGGAGAAGUAGCACUCCAACUUUUCAAGGAUAUGCUAGCUGAAGGGGUAGAGCCAGAUCAUAUCACAUUCGUAUCGUUGUUGUCGGCAUGUAGUCAUUCUGGUUUAGUGAAUGAGGGCGAGCGCUGCUUUGAUUUGAUGCAGAAAGAGUAUGGAAUCAAGCCAAAUUUGAGACAUUAUGGUUGCAUGGUUGAUUUGCUUGGACGUGCUGGGUAUUUGGAGAAGGCGUAUAAUUUAGUGAGCAACAUGCCCAUACAGCCUGAUGCGUCGAUCUGGGGGGCUCUUCUUAGUGCUUGUAGAAUACAUGGAAAUGUAGAUUUGGGUACCUUUGCUUCAAGUCGUUUGUUGGAAGUUGAUUCUGAAAAUGUUGGCUAUUAUGUUUUGCUAUCAAAUAUGUAUGCAAACAUCGGCAAAUGGGAAGGAGUGACUAAAGUAAGAUCAUUGGCCAGAGAUCGUGGUCUGAGGAAGACUCCGGGAUGGAGCUCUGUUGUAGUGGGCAAUAUAGUUGAAGUCUUCUACACUGGAAACCAAACCCAUCCUAAAUGCACUGAGAUAUACGAGGAAUUAAGGGUUUUGACUGCCAAAAUGAAGAACCUUGGUUAUGUUCCGGACUACAGUUUUGUCCUGCAAGAUGUUGAGGAUGACGAAAAAGAGCAGAUUUUGAUGAGUCAUAGCGAGAGAUUGGCAAUGGCGUUUGGUAUUAUCAGCACCUCACCAAGAAGUCCCAUUAGGAUAUUCAAGAACUUGCGUGUUUGCGGUGAUUGUCAUAAUGCAGCUAAGUUCAUAUCCAGAAUUACUGAGAGGGACAUUAUUAUGAGGGAUUCAAAUCGCUUCCAUCACUUCAAAUGUGGGAUUUGCUCAUGUGGUGAUUACUGGUAGUAUUGCUAAAUUUUGGGAGCUUGAGAAGGUUGAUCUUAAAUGAAGACAUUGAUUAGAAAGAUAUGACAAAAUUUUGAUUUAAGAGUAUGGUCGUUUGGGAUUGAAAGAGGAGAAUUGAAACUGUGGUGUUAAGCCUUAUUUUCUAAGAUGGUUUUGUGUUGGAUGGCAAGAAAUUUUAACAUAGAUAUAUACGUAUCUUACACUUUUGGUUGGGCAUUUUCUUCAUGGAUUUAUAUUAAAUAUUUAGACGGAUCUUGAGGCUUAUAGUCAAAGUGAUGAACUUGAUGUUGGCCAUGGUGUAACUGGUAUAGGUAUCGGACAUCAGUGCUCUUCUUUUGCAAGAUUGGUAACUCUGAACUUUGCAAUUCAAAUAUGUACAUUCACACACCUAUUAUCUAUGAUUCCAUGCUAACCUUUUUGUGCCUUCGAAUUCUUAAUGGGA